UCUGCUUUGCUCUCAGUCUGCAAUCAGCAACGGACACACACGCACACAGACGCAGCAGCUAUGAGCGCAGGCGAUGUGGUGUGCACAGGAUGGCUCAUAAAAUCCCCUCCGGAGAAGAAGCUAAAGAGAUUUUCAUGGCGAAAGCGAUGGUUUGUUUUACGGAGGGGUCGGAUGAGCGGGAAUCCUGACGUUUUGGAAUAUUAUCGUAGCAAGAGCUCUCGGAAACCAAUCCGAAUCAUCGACCUGCAGGAAUGCGAGGUCACCAUCGAGGCAGAAGUGCGGCCUACGAAACGCCAGCAUCAGAAUCAGCACUUGUUCGUGGUCAAGACUGCAACACGCAUCUUUUACCUGCUGGCCAAAACGGCAGAGGAGAUGAAUGACUGGGUGCAGAACAUCGGACAGAUCUGUACGUUUGGAGGACUGAACAGACAUGCAGAAUCAAUGGACAGUCUAAAUCGCACGCCCUCUUCCCAGCAGCCCUCUCCAGCACUUUCUCCUCAUGUUUCUCUUGUGACCAAUCAGGACACAGUAACCAUCGACAACCAUGCUGUCUUAGACAGGCCAAGCGAAUCAGAGAUCAGCCCUCCACUUGACUACCUCUUCCUCUCUCAGUGUGAAACCGGCACCAAAAGCAUUGUGAGGUGUGACAGCAUCUCUAACUCUGAACGUUCGUUUGAACAAAGCUCGUCCGAGUACACGGAGGAUGUGUUUAGCCCUACCCCACGUAUUGACUCCUCCCCUUCCCCUUUCCUGUUGACUGGGGUGUCGGAGCCCCCUUUCAGCGCCCCCUGUGGCCAACUCUCUGUCUCCUCCUCUCUGUCGUCCUGCCUUUCAUCUCCCAUCUCUCUGCGCCCACCGGACAUUUUCAGAUUCGACCGGCUCUUCUGUGUGGCAUCAGAACCACAAACUCCUCCUCCCCUCCCACCCAAACCCACACACCUUUCUGAUCAACACAGUAAUGAGGAUACCAGCCGUAAUCAAUCACAACCUGCGCUCCUUCCUCGCAGGACGUCACUUUCAGCAAUUGACCACUUUAGGAGAGGAGAGUUUGACAGUUCUGGAAGAAACUGGAACAAACGACUGAGCCUCAACUUGCCAAUAUUUCUGAAUACCACAGUAACUGAAAACCACUGUGAGGAUUCAUAUGUGCCCAUGGCCUCCCCACCAAUCAGCUGCACUGAUGUCACUUCAGAUGGCUACAUACCCAUGAGCCCCUCCACCCUGCCCGUCUCCCUACUCACCAACGGCAAACCAGAGCUGCCCUCGCCUUCCAAUCCUGACCUUGAGCCUCCUCCAGUCGACCGCAACCUUAAACCAAGAAGACCUCGACCGCCGCCUUUAGACUUGCGGGGCCUGUCCACCAUUUCUGAAUGUCCUUUCCAUGUUCCCCUCACACGCGCCAUGACAGAACCCAGCACUUCACUUCAGUGUACUCCCUUGGACAGACGGCGUGUUUGGUGCUUAAAUGGCUCUGAACAGGAUGGCAGCAUCACGCCAACAGACUCUCGGCAGAUGUUGUUUCCAUCUUGUGACUCUGCUCCCUGGAUGAGGCCUUCUCAGCUGGAUUACUUGUCACUUGACUUCAACUCUGCCUCUCCGUCACCUGUCCAGAAGAAACCGUUGCUGGCAGACGAAUACAGGGUGGAUUAUGUGAAGGUAGACGAGAAGAAGACACAGGCUUUACAAAGCACCAAGAUGGAGUGGAAGGAUGUCCGUCAGUCAAAACCCUAAAGACUUCUGUGGGGGGGAUGAAAAAAAGAUAAUCCAUUCAAACUGUUACAUGGUUCAAAACUUGAUUUGUUCUCAUCUCCUACAAUUUCAGGUACAUUUUACACUGCUGUGAAAGGAGGCAGUACAGAUAUGAACAUUAAGAAACAAAAUGCCAGAUUAUUCAGGAAAUUAUUCCAGAAUAAAAGACUGUAAAUGCAGGGAAUCAUGAGUAAAGCUAUUGGUUUUGUAGUCUUUAAACCAGAGAGAGUUUGCUAAGCAUUGGUGGUUUGUAAAGUUAAGAUUACUUAGUUCUACAAUAUAAAUUAUUCAGUCAUAACAUGACUAAAUAAGGAAAAAUCAGUUAGAAUGAUUGAGUUUAUGUGCACACUUACCAUUAAUUAUUUUGUGUUCAGUAAUAUCUUUAAAAUCAUUCAUGUUCACCAAGGAUGUAUUUAUUAAUAAAUUACUGUUUUAAUAAUGAUAUCUAUUCCAGUAAGGGCAAGAUGAAUUUUCGCCAUCAUUACGCUUCAGUGUCAGAUGACACUUCUCCUUCAGAAAUCUUUAUAAUACGCCGAUUUGCUGCACAACAAACAUUUAUUAUUAUUAAAGUUACAUUAUGAAAGCAAUUAAAUACGUAAUUCCUUAAAAAAAUUAUUAAUUUCUUUACCAAAGAAAUUGUACAUAGCCGUAGUGCACAUUGUUCUAAACAAGGUAUUCAAAACAAAUGUUUAAGACGUGACUGCGUAAUUUAUGUUAAAAAACAAGGUAAUCUACAUUAGCAAACUGACAUCCAGACAAUGACAAAAGCAUUACAAUCUAAUCUAAAAACAUCUCCAAAUCCUCAACAGAAUGUGGUUUUUGUCCGACUAAGGUAAAUGAACAGCAAACUAUUAAUAAAAUGAGCAUUAAUUAUAGACCCUUUUCACAAUAUGCAGAUUUACUGCAUAACAAACAUUUUUAAUAAAGUUACAUUAUGGAUCUAUUUGCUGUCACUUUUAAACAACUAAAUACAUCAUUGCUGAAUAAAAUGAUUCAUUUCUUUACAAAAGAAAUCUCACGAGCCGAAAACCGUUGAAUAGUGCACAUUUUUGUAGACACAUUUUAAAAUUAAAAGUUAAGAUAUGACUGCGUAUUUUAUAUUGGAAGAACAAAGUGGUCUACAUUAGCAAACUGACAUCCAGGCAAUGACAAAAGCAUGAAUCUCAUUUAAAAACAUUUCCAAAUCUUCAACAAAAUAUGAUUUUAGUACGACUAAGGUACAAAUGAACAGCAAAAUAUUUAUAAAACGAGCAUUAAUAGUUGAUCGUUUGCUUACCUUAACAUGUGUCCUUGGUACCUUUAUUUUGAAAUAAUUCCCUGAAAGCAACAGCUGUUUUUCACGACUGAUGUAUGAGACUCGAAUAUCACAUUGCUGCUUCGUCCCUAUUCGCAUAUUUAUACAGUACUACGUCCUAAAAGUAUAUGUACUUUUUUGUGACAGGAAAAAUAUAUACUUCUGAAUGUGAAACAGAAGAGUAUGCAAGCUUUGGGACGUACUGCUUCCUCGUUAACAGAUCGUUAUGUUGCUUAAUUAUAAGCCCUGUCAAUCAUCCACACAUCAUCCACAUUUCUGUCUUAUUUAAUUUCUUACCUUACUGGAGAAGCAGCAGCAGGAUAAUCUGCCAUUCACGAGUCUUUCAUGCAGAGAAAUCUCCUCAGGUCUUUGGAUAAUUCUGCAUUCAGAUGUUAAUGUCCAAACACGUCUUUAUAUAAGUUCAGUAUUGUUGUUGCAGACGAAAUAUAACACAGAAAACGCGAUUUAAAUAUUUUCCAGUUGACUAAAUAUUGAUUAACAGUCAAACAAACAUUUUUACCGAAGCCUCUCUACUUAAUGGCUGGUCUCGCGCGUCCAUCAUGUUUGUAGUUUAUUUACACUUUUCACCGAUUCAAAACAGACCUGCAGUUGGUGGUGGUGAAAUUAUAAAUUUGUGUUGAUUUCUUUUCGCUGAUAAGAUAUACAGCUAGAUUCUCGUUCCUGUGUAACUCAGGCAAUACUUCCGGGUUUCUUCCCACUGCAGCCUCGAUUUCACUUUUUAAAUGGCGGACACGUGAAAUCAGUCUAUAUCAGCGAUGGACGUUUCUACACUUACAUUUUUUUACUGGAAAUAGUAAACCAUUGGCAUACUCUUUUCAACAUACUACGGUUUGGGACAUACUUAUUCUAUUUUCAAAUACUAUUUAAGACGGAUAGUAUGCGAAUUGGGACGCAGCAUGCCUUUUUUGUGAAUUCUGAAAUAAUGUUUUCAAGGGUGUCAUGAAGUCUCUAAAUCAAUGGUCUCAAACUCAAUUCCUGGAGCUCUGCAGAGUUUAGCUCCAACCACCUCCAACUCACAACUGCUUAGUCUUGAACACCUUGAUUGGUUGGAUCAGCUGUGUUUGAUUAGCGUUUGAGCCAAACUGUGCAAACCUGUGAACAUUAAUUUAUUUCAAGUAUUCCCCAAAGUGAUGUUUAACAGAGCAAGAAAGGAAUCGAGUUAGAGGCCUAUGCUUUAAGUCAUAGGUCUUAAACUCAAUUCCUGGAGGGCCGCAGCUCUGCAGUUUUUCUCCAACCCUAAUCAAACACAGCUGAUCCAACUAAUGAAGGUGUUCAUGACUCUUUUGAACACCUUGAUUAGUUGGAUCAGCUGUUUGAUUAGGGUUGGAGAAAAACUGUGCAGAGCUGCAGCCCUCCAGGAAUUGAGUUUGAGACCCAUGCUUUAAGUGAAUAUGAAUAUAUUACGUAUUUAUGAUGUGUACAAUCACUGAUGGGCGUCACAGAAAAUCAAAAUGUCUCUUGCACUGAUUAAGAAAAACAUUGGAGACAAAGUUUAGCAUGGACAAUGUAUUACAAUAAGAGAGUCGAAGCACUGUAAACCACACACUGUGACUGAACGCUGAAUCUAAAUGAAGGAAGCUAAUAUUUAGAAGGGAAAUCUGCCUUUUCUUUUUUUAGAUUGAAUGUUGUGUGAAUAUUGAAUGUUUAAUAUGUUAAACUACUGUCACGGAAUCAUGAACGUCUGUCGGACACUUAUCGGAAUGUAUUUUCCACGAUUAACAGGCAUUAUGAAUGUAUUUGUGUCUUGGGUUGCCAUGUCACUCUGUGCUUAUAUGACAUUCGCUGUAUUGACGAGCACAACAACUAUCACUGUGACGUUCAUCGGAUGUUUUUCAGUGUAUGCUUUAUUGUUUCAUGAAGAAAUGUAAUACAUGAGAGAGAGAAUGACCGAGGUGUGUGUGUGUGUGUGUGUGUGUGUGGGGAUGUAAGUGUGCGCAGAAAUUUAGAGACCUACUAACCUGUGUGAAUCAAUGGAUGUUUAUCCGUCAGCAGGUAAUAUUGUGAUGCGUAUUGAACACAAUAAAUCACUUUAAAACAGUUCAGCUCAAUAAACUGAAAUCAAAUGA